AAAAAAAAAAGAAAGAAAGAAAAGAAAAGGCAAGUGAAGCCUCAGCAGAGGGUCCUCAGUGCUUUCCCACUUCUUAGCCCCCCACUGUCUUCUGCCACGCUAUAGGGACCUGCUUUUCUUUCACAGAUUUGGGGUCUCCUCCCCCUACCCUCAGCCCCACUCCCUUAGCCCCGGAGACAGUAGGAGACCCUCUGCUCCCCUGAGCCCAGGCCUGUCUCACGUUUCCCAUGGAGAUGAGCAACAAGGGGAAACAUAGGUCUUCUUAAAGAACUUUCCAUUCCCCACCACCACCUUAGCAAGGCGGCCAGAUGCAUCUCUGAAGUCCAGCUCACUCAGGCCAGCUCUCUUCAUGGCCUGUCUUCCAGCGAGAGGCAAAGCAGAGAUCAGAGCUGCAUGUGCUCUUCGUGGCAGAGCUGGCUUUAUACGCGCUCCUGGGUGAAUCAACAGGGAGACAUCUCCUAAGAAUAAAUGUUUCUCAGAAACAGUAUCGUCUAAACUCAUAUUGAAGGGAGAACAAGCCAGCCGCGGGCUGGAGAGACCCCCGCCUACGUUACUAAGUAACAGGAAAGGCUAAGAUUUGGAGCCUUCUUCUGGUUCAGAUCUAUCCCCAGAAUGAUGGAAGAUGCUUUCCUGUUGACAAUUUUUUUUUAUUGCAAAUCCCACCCAGGAGGUCUCUCCUGAUAGGAAGGAACCAUCCUCUAAGGCAAAUUCUAACUUCUUCUCUGAAAUGUACAUCCACUACUGAGCCUCAGAAUGCUAUUUGUUCCACCUACUUCCACAGUUUUAAGGUCUUCAGCAACAGGAGAAAAUAGCAGGAAAACUUGAAGUGCAGUUGGCUCCCACUGAGAUGUCACUAGCAGAAAAAGGGAACACAAGGAAAAGGCAAGAUUCUAAAGACAGAGGUAACACCUUCUGCUCCAAACAUUUAGAGAGUCACAUUCCCAGAAGUCAGACUCGAAGCCCUGAAUUCUGGCAUGAAUGAGUUCUCCUACAUGUAGGGGGUGGCCUGGAAAGAUCUUAAUUUUUAAGAUGGCAGGUAAGGGGCCUUCAGUUGGAGAAUCUUGCCACCUGAUUCUCAAAGAAAGCCAAAAAUAUCUUACUGUCUGAAACAUGAGGUCUUGAGUAGUUCAACUUGACCCAUGCCAACAUAAUUUCAGAGCCGCCAAGGAGGAUUAGGAAAAAGCGUAUCUGGUCUUACUCAACUCUGAACAUUGCAUGAGUCAAACGUUUUCCUAGCUCUCUGUGUGAUGGGUCCACUCUGAUGAAUUCUUGGCAAUGUAUCUUUCAUGACCAAAAUUCAAAAGGGGCCAUUCGAAGUGGCUCCCACAAAAGCAGCUGCAGAGCCCCAGACAUUCAGAAGCCAACAGUGAAGGGGUCAAAAGCCGUCCUUCAAUGUUCACUGAUACUUUGCGAGCCUUGGGGCAAGUUGGCAAUGCCAAACGUGUUUUUAGGGCCUAUUGGCCAAUGUACAGGUCUUGGGCAGGAUUGCAGCCCUCUGCAGAUGGUACCAAAGUAAAAGAGGAGAUGGUAACUGAAUAAUCUGUCAUCAUCCCUUCAGUGCAAAGUGAAAUGAGAGUGGAUUUUUCCUUCCAAAUCCACUUGGAGUGAGUCCCGAAAGACUCACUUUUGCGGCAAUCCCCACAAUGACGUCACUGGAGAGGAGGUUAUAUAAUUUAAAGCGACCACAUUUCCACAGAGCUUCCCAGAAGAGAAAACACCUCCAAAGGCAGCUCUCACGAUCAGAAAACCCAGCUAAAGUUGUGAACGCCUUCAUUUUCUGCCUGAGUCACUGUGCAUGGCAUCCUGGCCCCCUCUACAGCUCCAGUCCUCCAACCAGAGCCAGCUGUUCCCUCAAAAUGCUACAGCCUGUGACAAUGCUCCGGAAGCCUGGGACCUGCUGCACAGAGUGCUGCCGACAUUUAUCAUCUCCAUCUGUUCCUUCGGCCUCCUAGGGAACCUUUUCGUCCUGUUGGUCUUCCUCCUGCCCAGGCGGCGACUGAACGUGGCAGAAAUCUACCUGGCCAACCUGGCGGCCUCUGAUCUGGUGUUUGUCUUGGGUUUGCCUUUCUGGGCAGAGAACAUUUGGAACCAGUUUAACUGGCCUUUCGGAGCCCUCCUCUGCCGUGUCAUCAACGGCAUCAUCAAGGCUAAUUUGUUCAUCAGCAUCUUCCUGGUGGUGGCCAUCAGCCAGGACCGCUACUGCGUGCUGGUGCACCCUAUGGCCAGCCGGAGGCGGCAGCGGCGGAGGCAGGCCCGGGUCACCUGCGUGCUCAUCUGGGUUGUGGGGGGCCUCUUGAGCAUCCCCACAUUCCUGCUGCGAUCCAUCCAAGCCGUCCCAGAUCUGAACAUCACCGCCUGCAUCCUGCUCCUCCCGCAUGAGGCCUGGCACUUUGCGAGGAUUGUGGAGUUAAAUAUUCUGGCUUUCCUCCUACCACUGGCUGCGAUCAUCUUCUUCAACUACCACAUCUUGGCCUCCCUGCGAGGGCGGGAGGAGGUCAGCAGGACAAGGUGCGGGGGCAGCAAGGAUAGCAAGACCACAGCGCUGAUCCUCACGCUCGUGGUGGCCUUCCUGGUCUGCUGGGCCCCUUACCACUUCUUUGCCUUCCUGGAAUUCUUAUUCCAGGUGCAAGCAGUCCGAGGCUGCUUUUGGGAGGACUUCAUUGACCUGGGCCUGCAACUGGCCAACUUCUUGGCCUUCACCAACAGCUCCCUGAAUCCAGUCAUUUAUGUCUUUGCGGGCCGGCUCUUCAGGACCAAGGUCUGGGAACUUUAUAAACAAUGCACCCCUAAAAGUCUUGCUCCAAUAUCUUCAUCCCACAGGAAAGAAAUCUUCCAACUUUUCUGGCGGAAUUAAAACAGCAUUGAACCAAGAA